AUGGUGAUACAUUUAUCACCAUUGGGGAUAAAUCAAGUUGCUUUUUUCUUUGCCACUGUUGUAGCUUGUAGACAUUGUGAACACAUUGACACAUUUAUAAACUCCCAAUGUUUAUUUGCAGGUCAAUCUCUUGCAUUGUCGCGGAGCAAAUGCAGCGAACCUGCACAUCGCUACUUCGUAGAACGGAGUGCCCACCAGUCAGAGCCUGUUUCGAAAGCCAUUAAAGUCGAAGAACCGGCACCUGGCUGUGAAGACGCCGAGGGCAGACGCUCUUCUGAGAACAUUUCGCUCACCGUGUGGCAGCAGAUGGCACACCCACACCGAGAGGAGAAAUAUCAGUGCCGGUUCUGCCCUUUCUCUAGCUGUCGCUUGUCGGGCCUCAAGCAGCACGAAAGGACGCACACAGGCGAGAAGCCCUUCAGCUGCGCCGUCUGCCACAAAAAGUUUGCACAGAAGGUUCGCCUGCAGGCUCACGAGAAAAUUCACACGGGUGAAAAGCCAUUCAAGUGCCAGACUUGCGGAAAGGCGUUUUCGGACAAAUCUAACCUGCAAGUUCAUAACAGAAUUCACACAGGUGAAAGGCCAUUCAGGUGCCAGACUUGCCAGAAGGCAUUUGCAAAAAGCGGUAACUUGACGCAGCACAGAAGAGUCCACAUGGGUGACAAACCGUAUAGGUGCAGAGCAUGUGGAGCUCCGUUUAAACAGUGGUUUCAAUUGAGGUGUCACGAGGAACUUCACGGUGUAGACCCACCAUUUCAUUGCAAGCAGUGUGGAGAAAAGUUUCUGAAGGAAGCUGAUUUAAAUGCGCAUCAGAAGGAGCAUCAUCCGUGAGGGACAUCCGUUAUAUAGUAAAGGGUGGUGUAGCUUGACAUAUUUGCACAAUGUCGUUUUACCCUUUUUUUCAAGACCACCUUGUGUAAACCUGUUAACUGAUUGCCCAAUAAUGAAUCAUCUGUGGUCUAAGAGUACUGACUACCAUCUAUCACACUGUAGAGUCAGGACAGCAAAAAGAACUAUCACUAACAAAGAAGCCCUCAGUGCCCAUCACAACGAGCAUAUGCCAUAUUUUCCGGUCUAUAUGUCACACCUUUGCUUAAGUUGCACCUUACUGUAAAGUGCUGUUUUCAUUGAAACAUUGCUAUUUUGGCUCCCACCUUGUACAAGACACACCUAUAUAUUUGUAUGAUGGGCACGGCAAAGAUUAAUUGAAAAGCCUGCAUAUAUGUACUAUUAAUAUCGCAAUAUAUGCGCAAGCAUGAACCAGUUCCAAUAUUGUCAUCAAUGAAUUGAACAAUAUAUCCCCAGUGGCAAAUUUCAGAAGUUAAAGGGGCACAGACACUGCAUUGGUGAUAUUUUUAUUUUGUUUUCUGAAACAGAUCAAAUUGUUGUCAUAGACACACAAAAAAUACUACAAUGCCAAAAAAAAC